AGCGUUAUUGACUAAAUGAAAUCCCUUUGUAACAUAACAAAAAUGAUACCCAUGGCUGGAAUAUUUACUCAAAAAAUUAUCGAUAAUAGAUACCAAUGAAUUCAACUAAAAUGGCCGACGAAUCCUCAGACUAAAAUGUCUGAAUAUGCAAAACUAAAAAAAUUGGAUGAAGAGUCGCUCCAGAAACUAAAAGAGGGAUCGGGGCCCGCCGAUGAGUGUCUAUGCUCCAUUUUCAGUCCUGGCAUAGAGAAAAAAAGUUUCACUAAGUCUGUGAAAAGAGCUCUAGGUCUCUCUGGCCGGAAGAAGGAAGUUUUCACGGGAAACCGGAGUGUUGACAUACCAUUAACGUUUAGCAGAGAUGGAAAAGGCGUCUACACCACAAAGGAGGUCGUCAAGCGGAAAUCUCCUUGCGGAAAAUGCGGCUGCGACAACGAGAACAUUGUACUGAAGCAUUCGUACGCAAAUAUAAGGAUAACCACGCCUGAUAUAUCGACUUUCUGCCCGUGUCCCACGACUGACUGUUUACCAGAUAAAGAGAGACUUCAAAACAACAUUAAGGUAAUCGUUGAGAGAGCUGGUGUUUCCACUCAGAGUAUGCAAGAUAUAAAGAAUAAUGGAGAAGACAUAACAAAAACAAUUUGA